CAAAUCCUAGAUAGAUACAGUUAUGACAAGCAGUGUUUGAUUUCUAUCUCAGUUCAGUGCUUUUGUCUGAACUUUAUUAAAUACCAUACAAAUCUCAUUAUUAAAAAAAGAUAAAGGCCACACAAGUUCUUGAAUUAAAGAGACCCCAUCACAAUGGCUAUGGCUAUGGCUAUGAACGUUAGUAGUGCAUGUUUUUGUGUUUCAAGUAAUAGGAGAUCAGUUAACAGGGUGAGAGCUGUUGCCUCGGAGGAUUUUGCUGCUUCGAAAAUAAAGGAAGAUAAGGUGCAGUUGGGUGGAUCUGAUUUAGAGGUUACAAGGCUUGGAAUUGGUGCUUGGUCUUGGGGCGAUACCAGCUACUGGAACAACUUCGAAUGGGAUGAUAUGAAAAUGAAGGCUGCUAAAGCAGCUUUUGAUACAAGCGUUGAUUGCGGUAUAACUUUCUUUGAUACUGCUGAAGUUUACGGCUCUAGGUUCUCAUUUGGUGCCAUAAAUUCAGAAACUCUUCUAGGAAGAUUUAUCAAGGACAGGAAAGUAAAAGAUCCUGAAGUGGAGGUAGCUGUCGCGACCAAGUAUGCAGCUUUGCCUUGGAGGCUGGGACGUCAGAGUGUUCUAACUGCCCUUAAGGAGUCCCUCAAUCGCCUUGGACUUUCUUCGGUAGAGCUAUAUCAACUACAUUGGCCUGGAAUAUGGGGAAAUGAAGGAUAUAUUGAUGGUCUUGGGGAUGCUGUUGAGCAGGGGCUUGUGAAGGCUGUUGGUGUUUCCAAUUACAGUGAGAGCCGACUCCGUGCUGCUUAUGAGAAGCUUAAGAAAAGAGGUAUUCCACUGGCUUCGAAUCAAGUGAAUUACAGCCUUAUAUACAGGGCACCUGAGGAGAAUGGUGUGAAGGCAGCCUGUGAUGAACUUGGGGUCACUUUGAUUGCAUAUUCUCCUAUUGCUCAAGGUGUUCUUACAGGAAAGUAUACACCAGAAAAUCCACCAACUGGUCCUCGAGGCCAGAUUUACACUCCUGAGUUUCUAACAAAGCUCCAACCUCUGUUGAACAGCAUCAAAGAAAUAGGACAGAACUACAGUAAAACUCCCACACAGGUAGUGCUGAACUGGCUAGUAGCCCAGGAGAAUGUCGUUCCAAUCCCAGGGGCCAAGAAUGCUGAACAGGCUGAGGAGUUCGCUGGUGCACUUGGUUGGAGACUCACCAGUGAUGAGAUCAACGAGCUGCGCUCCCUGGCAUUGGAGAUAAAACCUGUAAUCGGUUUCCCUGUUGAAAAGUUGUAAAUUGGCACGGGUAUCAGCAAAAUCAGAUGAUCAAGUAGGACGAAAGAGGGGAGAUGAAGGAAGUAAGAAUAUAAAGAGAUGGUGGACGAUGAGAUUAUUUUUUAAUUUAAGGUCCUAAGCCAGCCAACAAUAUUCAAAAUUAAUAAAUCAUUGUCUCAAGCUCUCAGCUGGAUAAGGGUGCCGUGGAAAUCCGCAGCAGAAUGCGGUAGUGGUGCCGAGGUAAUUCAUCUGGAUAUUGGCAUAGUUGUCUUCACGUUGUCACUUUAAGAACAUGAUUUGACAUCAAUUGAUAAAAAACAGAGUGCCCUCCAACUAUUAUCUUAGAGAAAA